AGAGUUUAUCAUCAAGAUUGGUUGGUAUUUGGUAGUGAUGCAAUUAUACUCAUUUUUCGCUUGUAAUUUAGUAUACGCAAUUCAUUAAUACAUAAAUACCAUACCAGUCGUGACUAGUGUUUGGUGAGAGUCGGGGGACUGUGUGGUUAUUGUACUCUCUUGUAUGGUGGUAUGGUGUGGACACAAAAUUUGCUAAAGUUAUCCAAAAAGUUUAAUGAGUGGAAGAGACUUAAGAACAUUUGUUAAUAACCACAGAUGUGCUAUUGGUGCUGCAGAUUAUCAGUUGGUGUCUCGUAUUAUAAAUGGCCAAACUACUGGUAGAUAUAAAGAUGUUAAUUAUGACAACUUAAAGGCAAUAACGAAACUGAAGAGUGUCUCUGGUGAACAGUCAUUAAAAAAAGUUGAAACAAUUUCUGAUAGGAACAAAGAGAAGAAAAAUAUUAAUUUCCUUAAGCAGCAUAGAAAAUGUUGGAAGAAAGAGUUAGUGCGCUUAAAAAAUUUCUAUGAAAGUGUCGUUCAUGAGUUAAAUCUGAUAAAAGCAAACCUUCCUUGGCAAGACAGUUCUGUAAGAGAUUAUUUUGUUGGUGUUAAAGAAUACGAGGAUGGUAUAAAUAAAGAUUUGGUGACUUUCUCUUAUAAUUCUGUCAAACCUGUGUGGGAUUUAAUAGAAGAUAUUCGUGAUUGGUUACUUCAAGCGAAAGAUAAACCUGCCUCUGAUGAUGUGUCUGGAGUUCUUUACGAUGUAAAACUGCAACAAAAGGAAAUCCUGGAUCAAUUAACUGUAGAGGAAAAGAGACUUGAACAUGAGCUUGAUUGCAUGAGAAAGGAUUACUUCAUAAACGAAGAUGAUUAUCCACAACUAACUCUUGGAAUUCCUGAGGAAGCUUUAUUUUUAUCUUGUCCUUAUGAUGAAUUAAAAUCCACGAUUCUCAAUGAGUUUAAGUUGCUCGACAAGCGAUAUUUGACACAUCGUGAUUAUUUGAAUGUUAAAUAUGCUGAUUUUAUUAGCAACGAAAACGUCGGGUGGGCAAGUGAUGAUCAUCUUCGGUUUGAAUACAUAUUGGAUCAAUACGAUGCUAAUAUGCCACAAAGAAGAACAUUAUACAUUGACAGAUUGAUGAGAGAGCUACCACAUUUAUCUCGUCAUGAUAUUGUAAAUCAUGAGACUUGGUGGUUUUCACACAAGUCUUAUCAAAGUCAGUUGACUUCAUUAUAUUCUUCUUGGGCAAAAGAUCGCCAAGAUUUAUUGCUUAAAGUCAAGGGAACAUUCUCUGAAGCUUGGGUGGAAUAUGAAAAUGAACAAGAACGUCUGCAAAGUCGAAAGCAACAAUUGGAAACUUGUAGAAAACUGCAUGAAAAGGUUGCCGAAUUUCAAGAGCAAAAACGUGAGGCAUUUCGAAUCGAACAGGAAAUUGCUAUGAAGAUUUUAGAGCAGGAGAGUGAGAAAAUGAAAUUGCAAGAAGAAAAAGAAAAACAGAGAAGAGAAAAAAUACAUACCAAGAUAAAACAAUAUCAAGAUAAGAAAUUCGAGGAAGAAGGUAAACGACUGGAAGAAGAGAAACGAAGAUUAAGAGAAAUUGAAAAAAGUUUGAAAGAACAAGCUGUGCGAGAUGCCGACAGAGUCAGUUAUCGUGAAAAUGAAUUGAGGAAACGCCAUGAAGAGAAACGUAUAUUAGAACAACAAAAGAUCGAGGAGGAAGUAGAAAGGGAAAAUAGACUUGAGAAGUUAAGAGAACAAGUGAGCGUGAAAGUAAAGACCGAUCCUUUGAGGGUUCUUCAAUCAACAGAGGCGUCGCGAUGUCACACAAAGAAAGUUAACGACUUACAACAAGAAGUUGAUUUACAGAAACCUUUAUUUACAUUAAAUACAUUCAAUACAAACCAGAUUAUUUCCGAUCCUCGCCAUAAAGUAGAGCUUGCGUUGCGUCAGGCUGGCCUCCACAACUCCGAUUAUGCAAGACAAGUCAUGGCAAAUGUUAAACCACUUCAUCCAUCAAGACCUGAUCAACAUUCAACAGUUUUUGAGAAGUAAACAUUUAGCAGGUCAAUUAAAUUUUUUAGAGUUUUGGAAAAUAUUUUAUGCUACUUUGGACAUCCUUCUAUGUCACAAUAAAAUGAUCAAACAGAAUCUGUA